CUUCCUCCAGACCGCAGGCGGCGCUGUCUCUCGCGCAGACACACGGACGCUGCGCUGCUGCUGAUCCGAGCGCUCUUCAGCGGAUUCAUGCAACAUAUCUCGCUCUAAACACCUUUUCUCCUCAUUUCUGGCUGUUCGUGUGAUUUAAGUGAACGCCAUGUCCUACAACUACGUGGUGACGGCGCAGAAGCCCACGGCGGUGAACGCCUGCGUCACGGGUCACUUCACUUCUGCGGAGGAUCUGAACCUGCUGAUCGCCAAGAACACGCGUCUGGAGAUCUAUGUGGUCACUGCGGAGGGUCUGCGGCCGGUCAAAGAGGUCGGCUUGUACGGCAAGAUCGCGGUCAUGGAGCUCUUCAGACCCAAGGUCAUAGACGUCCAGUUCCUGUACGGCUGCCAGGCGCCCACCGUCUGCUUCAUAUAUCAGGAUCCUCAGGGUCGGCACGUCAAGACAUACGAGGUUUCUCUCAGAGAGAAGGAGUUCAACAAAGGACCCUGGAAGCAGGAGAACGUGGAAGCUGAAGCAUCGAUGGUCAUUCCGGUCCCAGAGCCGUUUGGAGGAGCUAUAAUCAUCGGACAGGAGUCCAUCACUUAUCACAACGGAGACAAAUACUUAGCCAUCGCUCCUCCAACUAUCAAGCAAAGCACCAUCGUGUGUCAUAACCGCGUGGAUCCGAACGGCUCGCGGUACCUGCUGGGAGACAUGGAGGGCCGACUCUUCAUGCUGCUGCUGGAGAAAGAGGAGCUGAUGGACGGAGCUGUGGUGCUCAAAGACCUGCAUGUGGAGCUGCUGGGAGAGACCUCUAUCGCCGAGUGUCUGACGUAUCUGGAUAACGGUGUGGUGUUUGUGGGAUCCAGACUAGGAGAUUCUCAACUAGUUAAGCUGAAUGUGGACAGUAAUGACCAGGGUUCGUAUGUGGCUGUAAUGGAGACCUUCACUAACCUGGGGCCGAUAGUGGACAUGUGUGUGGUGGACCUGGAGAGACAAGGACAGGGUCAGCUGGUGACGUGCUCCGGAGCGUUUAAGGAAGGCUCUCUGAGGAUCAUUCGGAAUGGCAUUGGGAUCCAUGAGCACGCCAGCAUCGACCUGCCCGGCAUCAAAGGUGCGGUUAAGUGCUCUUCAUUUUUAGGUGGAGCAUCAUCACGUUCUACAGCUUCAGUUUUGGAGCUUUCACGCUUAAUCACGUCGGUGUCUGUGAGGCUGGUCACUCAGGACAGCAAGGCUCUGGUGAGCGAGUGGAAGGAGCCUCAGGGCAAGAACAUCAGCGUGGCGUCCUGCAACAGCACUCAGGUGGUUCUGGCUGUGGGUCGAGUGCUGUAUUACCUUCAGAUACUCACAGGAGAACUCAAACAGAUCAGCUCUACAGAGAUGGAGCAUGAGGUGGCGUGUCUGGACAUCACUCCUCUGGGCGAGAGCGCAGGAGAGUCCAGCAUCUGUGCUGUGGGGCUCUGGACCGACAUCUCAGCCCGCCUGCUCAAGUUACCCUGCUUCAGCCCGCUGCACAAAGAGAUGCUGGGCGGAGAGAUCAUCCCUCGCUCCAUCCUCAUGACCACGUUUGAGGGCAGUCAUUACCUGCUGUGUGCGCUUGGAGACGGGGCGCUUUUCUAUUUCGGACUGGACAUUCAGACAGGGGUUUUGAGUGAGCGUAAGAAGGUGACUCUGGGCACUCAGCCCACGGUUCUGCGCACCUUCCGCUCGCUCUCCACAUCUAAUGUGUUCGCCUGCUCCGACCGGCCCACCGUCAUCUACUCCAGCAACCACAAACUGGUCUUCUCUAACGUCAACCUGAAGGAGGUCAACUACAUGUGCCCACUCAACUCUGAGGGAUACCCCGACAGUCUGGCUCUGGCCAACAACAGCACUCUGACCAUCGGCACUAUCGAUGAGAUCCAGAAGCUCCACAUCCGAACCGUUCCUCUCUACGAGUCGCCCAAGUGAGUGUUUGACAUGGGGUGUUUCUGGUUUUCUGUAUUUCCAGGCAAACUGCAGACGGUGGCAGAGAAGGAGGUUAAAGGUGCGGUUUACUCCAUGGUGGAGUUUAAUGGUAAACUGCUAGCCAGCAUCAACAGCACCGUGCGUCUGUACGAGUGGACGGCAGAGAAAGAGCUGAGGACGGAGUGUAAUCACUAUAAUAACAUCAUGGCCCUGUAUCUGAAGACUAAAGGUGACUUCAUCCUGGUGGGGGACCUGAUGCGCUCCGUGCUGCUGCUGGCCUACAAACCCAUGGAGGGCAGCUUUGAGGAGAUUGCUCGUGAUUUCAAUCCUAACUGGAUGAGUGCUGUUGAAAUCCUGGAUGAUGACAACUUCCUCGGAGCGGAGAACGCUUUCAACCUGUUCGUCUGCCAGAAGGACAGCGCGGCGACUACAGACGAGGAGCGGCAGCACCUGCAGGAGGUGGGUCUGUUCCACCUGGGAGAGUUUGUCAACGUGUUUUCACACGGAUCUCUGGUGCUGCAGAAUCUGGGCGAGAGCUCGACGCCGACACAGGGCUCGGUGCUGUUCGGCACAGUCAACGGCAUGAUCGGUUUGGUGACGUCGCUGUCGGAGAGCUGGUACAGUUUACUGCUGGAUCUACAGAACCGACUCAACAAAGUCAUCAAGAGCGUCGGCAAGAUCGAGCACAGCUUAUAUCCUUCAGCAGCGGUCAGAGACUCGUUGACUAGUGACACCUUUCACUGA